AUGAAUGCAACUUGGAUUGCCAACACAUAUGCCAACAAGUUCAGGGUCAAUCCUUACAUGAAACUUCAUGACAUAGUGCAGACAAUAUGGUUGGAAAGGGGAAUAAGGGUGACCAAUUUCAUUGCUUACAGGGCAAGGAAGAAGGGCCAGGCCCUGAUAGUUGGUGAGUAUGAGGAGCAGUAUGGUCUUCUCCCAAGAUAUGCUGCUGAAAUACUGAAGUCAAACAGGGCAAACACAGUCAAGAUGCAAUUGAAUGCUAAUAUUUUCCAAAGAUUGUACUUAUGUUUUGAUGCCUUAAAGAAGGGAUUUUUAGCUGGUUGUAGGCCCUUCAUAUCAUUAGAUGGUUGCUUUUUGAAAGGACCAUUUGGGGGGCAGCUUUUGGUAGCUGUAGGGAGAGAUGGGAACAACCAAAUGUUCCCAAUAGCAUGGGCUGUUGUGGAGGUGGAGAGUACAGACAGUUGGACUUGGUUUCUGAGUUUGCUAGGUGAUGAUUUAGGGACUGUGCAAGGGGCUGGCUACACAUUCAUGAGUGACCAGCAAAAGGGGUUGCUUGCUGCAGUUGAUGUAGUGUUCCCAGAAGCAGAGACCAGGAGUUCAACAGAAAAUUACUUUAAUGCAAAUAUGGAUGCCAUGAGGCAGAUAUCAGAGGAUGCAGCAGAUGAUUUGAUGAGUAGAAACUACAUGAAAUGGUGUAGGGCCUUUUACAUCACUGUCUCAUGUUGUGAAUCUGUGGACAACAACAUGAGUGAGGUAUUUAAUGCCUAUAUUUUGAACUCAAGGCAUAAGCCUAUUAUAACUAUGUUGGAAGACAUAAGAGAAAGUUUGAUGGAAAGGUUACAUACAAAAAGGGAUGAAAUUGGAAAAAAAGAUGUGGUGCUAUGCCCUAGGAUUCAGCAACAAUUGGAGAAGAACAAGGUUUGGGCAAGAGGGUGGAAUGUCUUUUGGGAUGGGGGGUUUACUUAUGGAGUUAGGAGAGGGGCAACCCAAACAAAAUUUGUAGUAAACUUGCAAGAUAGAACUUGCAGCUGUAGGACUUGGCAAGUCAGUGGUAUACCUUGCAAACAUGCAAUUGUUGCAAUCUGGAACAAGGUGGAUGAACCUGAAAACUAUGUCAAUGAUUACUUCAAAAAAACCACCUAUAUGAAAGCCUAUGAUUUUUUACUUGAACCUCUUAAUGGUCCACAAGAGUGGCCAAGGUCUGAUGAUGUAGUGCUCCCACCCAAAGUGAAAAAAGUCCAGCACAGACCUCAGGGUCAGUCCAACACUGCACAGCAACCUGAUAACAUUCAGCAGCCACAAAUGCAGGGCCAUGGUGCAGGACAAAAUCCUAUUCCCAUGCACAUGAGAGGGAUUGGAUUAUAUACCUACCCUAAUGGCUUUCAAAGAUUGUCAACACCUGUUCAGAGAGCUUACUACAGAGACAAUGGGGGUGGUGAGCAGACAGUGUACUCUGUCAGCCAAGAUGAGUAUCCAUUGUCCAGCCAGCCUUCUCACAAUCAAAAGACAAUAUCAAGCCAAACAUUGUAG